CCGGGCGGCGCAUGCGCAUCGUCCCCCUGCCGGGGCGGAGGGCGGGCCGUCGGCGUCGAAGGCGUCUCGGCCCCCAUGGCGGACGAAGGGAAGUCCUACAACGAGCACGACGACCGCGUCGGGGGCAGCUUCCCCCCGAGGAGGCGGAAAGGCCGCGGCCCCUUCCGAUGGAGGCCGCACGAGUCAAGCCAGCGACCCCGCAACCGCGGCGGGCAAGGCCCCCGGCCCCCUCGCCCCGAAGAGGACGACGGUGAUGUGGCCAUGAGCGACGCCCACGAAGCUCCCCGUGGCCGAUUUAAUCCCUACGCUCGGCUGAACCGCCGAGGGGACAACUGGCCCGAGAGAGCCCGCAACGAGCGGCGGGACAAGAACGCCCAGGACCGAGGCGGGGCCGGGGCCGCCCAGGACGGCUCCUCGAAAAACUGGUUCAAAAUCACCAUUCCCUACGGCAAGAAGUACGACAAGUCGUGGCUGCUGAACGCCCUCCAGAACAAGUGCAGCGUCCCCUUCAAUCCCGUCGAGUUUUACUACGAGAACAACCGAGCCCAGUUCUUCGUGGAAGACGCGAGCACGGCGGCCGCCCUGAAGGCGGUGAACCACAAGAUCGCCGACCGGGACAACUACAGGAUAUCCGUCAUCAUCAAUCCGUCGGCCCCUCCCCAGUCGGUGCAGAACGAGCUGAAGCCUGAGCAGGUGGAGCAGCUCAAGAUUACCAUGAGCAAACGCUACGAUGGCUCCCAGCAGGCCCUGGACCUCAAGAGCCUCCGUUCCGACCCGGAUCUGGUAACCCGGAACAUCAACGUCGUCCUCAACCACAAAAAUUGCAUGGUGGCCACGCUGCGCAUCAUCGAGGAAAAUAUCCCCGAGCUGCUGUCCCUGAACCUGAGCAGCAACAAGCUGUACCGGUUGGACGACCUCGGGGACCUGGUUCAGAAGGCCCCCAACGUGAAGAUCCUCAACCUGUCCCGCAACGAGCUGAAGUCGGAGCGGGAGCUGGAUAAGGUGAAGGGAUUGAAGCUGGAGGAGCUGUGGCUGGAUGAGAACCCCCUGUGCGACAACUUCCGGGACCAGUCCUCGUACAUUAGCGCCAUCCUGGAGCGGUUCCCCAAGUUGCUACGACUGGACGGUCACGACUUGCCGCCGCCGAUUGCCUUCGACGUGGAAGCGCCCACCACGCUUCCCCCCUGCAAGGGCAGCUACUUUGGCUCUGAAAACCUGAAGGCCCCGGUCCUGCAUUUCCUCCAACAGUAUUACACGAUUUACGAUUCCGGGGACCGGCAGGGACUGCUGGACGCCUACCACGACGGCGCCUGCUGCUCCCUCAGCACCCCGCUGAGCGCCCAGAACCCAGCCCGGAGCAGUUUGGGCGAAUACAUCAAGGACAGCAGGAACGUGAAGAAGCUGAAGGAUCCCACGCUGCGGUUCCGCCUCCUGAAGCACACUCGCCUCAACGUUGUGGCUUUCCUCAACGAGCUGCCCAAAACCCAGCACGACAUCAACUCCUUCGUGGUGGACAUAUGCGCCCAGACGAACACGUUGCUGUGCUUCGCCGUCCACGGGGUUUUUAAGGAAGUGGAUGGGAAAUCCCGGGACUCGGUCCGAGCCUUCACGAGGAUGUUCAUUGCCGUGCCCGCGGGCAAUUCUGGGCUGUGCAUCGUGAACGAUGAGCUGUUCAUCCGGAACGCCAGCACGGAGGAGAUCCGCCGGGCUUUCGUCAUGCCGGCCCCCACCCCGUCCUCCAGCCCCGUCCCCACCCUGUCGGCCGACCAGCAGGAAAUGCUGCAGAACUUCUCCACCCAGUCCGGCAUGAACCUCGAGUGGUCGCAGAAGUGCCUCCUGGACAACGACUGGGACUACGCCAGGGCAGCGCAAGUCUUCACCCAGCUCAAGGCCGGGGGCAAGAUCCCCGAGGUGGCGUUUCUGAAGUGACGGGUCGUCCCGCCGGACCGUCGGAUCUCCCCCCCCGACCGCCGCGCCGUGGCCGGGGCCUCCCCCUUCGGACUGUGAACGCGGGGCCGCCCGCCCCCCUCCGCCUCCCGGGCCGGCGGCAGCCGUCUGGGGGGGAGGCCUCCCUCCCCGUCUCGACGCCUCCGCCAAGGUGAAGCUCCUCGCGUCUAAGACCCCCGCCGACGCUCACCCGGGGAGUGAGAGGGGCCCCCCGGGACCGGCCCCCCUCCUCCCCUCGGGGGGCCUUCGAUUCCUUCCUUCUUUUUACGAUAAAGGAUGAAGUUUUA